AUGCCAUUCCCUUCUUAUAAAAGUAUGAAACAGAGUGAAUCUUCAAGUGAGAUUAUCAUUUUCAUAGGUAGUAUUGUAAUCUCUUUAUUGAUCCUCGCUGGACUCGCAGAGACAAAUCUCUACGUGGUAAAAACACUUGAAGGAACGAGACAUCAAUUGUCACUCUGGAAUGGAAAAUCAUGCAAUAUUGAAGGUUGCCUUUCUCAAACACUUCCUCCUGCUGAGUGGUGUGGAGAACGUCGUUCCUUGUAUAUUGCUAUGCAAGUGAUUUCUGUUAUAUCACUUGUUGGAUCUUUAUUUCUUUUGGCCUCUUCUGUUCUCAGUGUGGUAGCAGUUAAGACACGAUGUGUGGAUAUCUUGUGGAGUGUUUCUGCUUUCUUAACAUGGUUAAUUUUAAUGCUUGAUUGGUCCAUUAUGGCAGGAAUAUUUCAUAGUAAAGCAUGCUCAAACCCUUCCUUCAGUGAAAUUAAUUAUCAAUAUGGGGUUUCAUUUUCUCUUUUUCUUAUGUCUUGGUUGUUCCUUACAGUAAUGAUCAUUUACUCUGUAAUAGUAAGGUCUUGUGACUAA